AUGGAUGGACCCAGAUUUGUAAUUGAAGCAUCAGAGGCCUCAUCAAUGGCGACUAACUCAGGCCUCUCUCUCCUCCAACUCCUCCCUACCUUCGUCAAAUCAGCUCAAACCCUAGCUCGCCCUCCUCUCUCCGACUACCACGUCGGCGCCGACGGUCGGAUCUGCGUCGGCGUCAACCUUGAGUUCCCUGGUCUCCCCCUCCACCACUCCGUCCACGCCGAGCAAUUUCUCGUGACCGACCUCGUCGUACACGGCCGAACCCGCCUACUCGCCCUCUCCGUCUCCGCCGCCCCCUGCGGCCAUUGCCGCCAGUUCCUGCAGGAGCUCCGCCACGCCUCCGACCUCCAACUCUUCAUCACAUCAGACAGACAGAUGGAGGAGCUCCAGCUUUCUCCAUUUCCGACGAAGACAUCAUGA